GCGGCCGGCUGCUCUCGACUCAGUCGCGAGCGACUCUCUCAGCCGCACGCCGUCCGAUUCGCGCGACCUACGCGUUGUUCGCUGCAAUGUUACUUGCGUUGAGUUUUCGCGCGAAAUUGACACGAAAUAUAUUAGUGCAUUAUAACAUAAUUUCUUUGCUAUUACCAACUUUUGAAGACGAUCUUUUGUAAACAACAGUGAAGUGACUUGACUCUAUGUUAACGUAUGUUUGGAAGUUAUUGUGAAGUUUCAUUAAGUUGGUCGCAUCGAAAUGGUGACAAUUAUUUUGAUAGCAAUCUUCGCUGUGCUCUCUCCCGGGCGGCAUUGUUCGUGCUCGGCAGGCGCGCUCGCGGAACCGAACCCCACACCCCAGUCGCCGCCCCACGUAAAACGAUGUCGACGGGUGGAGGGAGGCAGGAGCUACUACUACGAGGGAAAACUAGGUGCAAACAAACCAAACGUUCAUACGUGGACGGUGAUAAAGGAUAAAAGAAAAGUGACUACACUUUAUGAAUGCCACGAGAAAACUCAAGGACAAAACGUCGACAUACCGAAGUCAUUAAGCACAAGUUCCCCCAUUAACGUCAGCGAAGACGUAUCACGGAGUCAGAAUAUGAAAUACAUCAAGAUAGUAGAAGAGAAGAAUGGAUUUACAUGCGAAACUUCAAUGAAGUGCAAAUUCAUCGAAACGGGACAACAGACCUCUCACAAAUACCAGUUUCACAACAGCAAAACAAAUAAGAAGAUGGCCUGUGAAGUUUUAUAUGACGAUGUACAUGACUGGCCUGUGAAUUACACUUUGUGGUGCUCAUUAAUCAAGAAAACAAGUAACCAGCGCUUUCUCAAACGAAAACGAUUAAAACGUUCUUCAGAUUCGAGGCCAGAGUUGGUGUACACUUUUAUCGAGCAAGCGGUGCAGCCGGGCGCGCAGGUCGCGUUGAAAUGUUCAGCUGUGGGGGAGCCACCCCCAAGGUUUAGGUGGUUGUUGGAUGGUCAACCCAUUCCAUCGCAUCAUGGAACUAUCAUAACUGAAGGCCGCGAGAAUGGACCAGCCGGUAUAGGCUCGGGCAAUAAUUACGUAUUGUCAACGCUUUCCUUGAGCGGCGCGCGUGUUGAGCAUGGGGGUCGUUAUGAGUGCCGAGCGACCAACUCCCACGGCAGCGUCGCUCAUGCAGCCCGUCUCAAUGUUUACGGCUCCCCGUACAUUCGCUCCAUGAAUCCCGUCAAAGCUGUCGCCGGGUCGGAAGUAACAAUCUGGUGCCCUUACUAUGGUUUCCCAAUAAAAUCCGUGAAGUGGGAAGGUGGUGCGGGAAUCGAUCCUAGAUACCAACAAUUAGACGGACAGCUGACUAUAUCUAAUGUGGACCGCAAUCGGGAUAAAGGAGGUUGGACUUGCUCAGUUCUUACGCCUGGUGGAGAGUUAGCCAAGAGAGAGGUACAAGUGACAGUAGUGUCACCUCCAGUGCUCUCGCCUGUCGUGUUUCCACCGGGACUAAGAUCUGGAGACCGCGCGCAAUUGACUUGCAGUGUCACUUCGGGAGAUAUGCCUGUUUAUUUCUCUUGGCUCAAGGACCAGAUGCCCAUUUCUAGUAUUUUACAGGUAGAGGAACGUGGCGCCGAGUUCUACAGCAUGCUAAUAUUCAAAAGCUUGACGGCCGCUCAUAGCGGCGUCUACACGUGCGUUGUAACCAACACCGCUGGCAAAGCUAACACAUCCACUGAGUUAGCAAUAAAAGUACCACCAUAUUGGCAAAUGGAGCCUUCAGAUGCGGCGGUAUUACUGAACGGUUCACUCACAGUAAGCUGUGAGGCGAGAGGUCACCCGCCGCCUGCGAUUUAUUGGACAAAAUUUUCUGGUAGUACAGAAACUACUCUCGGCGGUGUGUCAGACCCAGUGGUACUCACUAAUGGCUCAUUAAGGCUGGAGUCGGCCCGCGCGGAGCAUUCCGGAAAAUAUCGGUGCCGGGCCGACAACGGCGUGCCACCUGCGCUCUCCAGGACCUUGAAUAUACAUGUUAAUGAGCCAGCACGAUUCGAGACGCCGUCAGCAAAUGUGACGGCGAAACUGGGAGAUACAAUCAGGCUUGCAUGUGUCGCGAGAGGCGACAGUCCGCUGUCCACGUCGUGGAGUCACUCUGGGCGGGCAUUGCCUAAAUCAGAUUAUAGAAUGAGUAUAUCAGAGACUCGAAGUGCUGAGGGUCUAAGAAGUGAACUGGCUAUAGAGCGGGCAGACAGAAGAGACUCCGGUGUGUAUCGGUGUCAGGCUUCCAACCCUUACGGACGGUCCGAUCACUUUGUACAUCUGGCUGUUCAAGAACCGCCGGAGCCACCCGCCAAUUUUCGGGUCCUAGAGACUACAUCUAGGUCAGUGCGUCUCCAAUGGCGGAGGCCGUACGACGGUAACUCACCAGUACUGGGCUAUGUGGUACAAUAUCGUCGGCAUGAUUCCACCUCGCCUGACUCGUGGAGGGACGCUGACACGCAAAACGUAUCCGUGUCCGCUCACCCUGUGGACACUUAUUCGGAGAUUGAAGAGGCAACUAUAACAGGAUUGGAGCCAGCCACAGCGUACUUGGUACGGGCUAGGACGGUCACUGCGCAGUUCGCGUCGGCCCACACUCGUGCACUGUUAGCGUUGACGCUCCACGAACCGCCUGCGCGGGCGCCGAUAAGCCUACGUGCUUCUGCGCCCAGGCCUACGACUAUUGAGCUGGCAUGGCAGGCGCCUCCAUCAUCAUCAUGGAAUGGUGAACUACUCGGGUACACAGUAUGGUGGUGGGCGUCAGCAGACGGCUCGCUCGCAGGCGGCGCCAACGUGGGCAUGGAGUUUGCAACUGUUCGGGGACUAAUCAACAAAUAUACUAUAGAGGGACUUGAACAUUACACACGGUACUCAGUGAGCGUGAGAGCUUUCAACAGCGCCGGUGCUGGGCCUGCAACUGCCCCUGUCAACACAUUAACACAGGAAAGUGUGCCGUCGGAAGGCCCGCGCGGCGUUCGCUGCCGCGCGGUGUCGCCGCAGAGCGUCAAAGUGGAGUGGUCACCGCCGCCCGCGCACGCGCACCACGGCGCGCUGCUCGGCUACAAGCUGCUCUACCGACCGGACCACACGACAGAUUGGCUGGAGUGGGAAGUUCGCGGUGGUGGUGGUCCGAGUUCCGGAGCGGGAGCGGAAGUUAAACGCGUCGCCGGCGUAGAAACGCUCCUACUUGCGCUUAAACCGCACACUAACUACACUGUGCAAGCAUUAGCUUAUACAGCGGCUGGAGACGGUGUACCUGCUCAUCCUAUACAUUGCACUACACAACAAGAUGUACCCGGUGCUCCAGCAGCAGUGAAAGUGGUGGCGACAUCUGUCACGUCUCUAGCUGUCAGCUGGUUGCCACCAAGUCGACCUAAUGGACCAAUUCUCUAUUAUACUGUUUUUUAUCGAGAACUGGGCAGGGACAGGCCACCACAAACAACUACUGUUCAAGCUGAAGACGGAGAUCCUUCAGUGGGUUUGGGAGGAUCGACUGAAUUGCGUUCCUUAUCUGAGGGCACUACUUAUGAAGCAUGGGUAGCAGCUCAUUCUGCAGCUGGCGAAGGGGAACCUUCAGCACCACAGCCUGCCACUACUACACAAAGAGCUGGAGCCAGACUUCUUGCCUUCGGUGUAUGGGCGAGAGUACAAUGUGGGCAUUCAUUACGCCUAGCAUGUGUCUGGCGAGGAGAACCGGCACCGAGAGCUCGGUGGUUACGCGGAGACCGACCAGUGACACACGAUCCUCGUGCGCAUCUCACACCUCAUGGACAUCUGGCAAUACAUGAAGUGGACGCAUCAACGAGUGGCAACUAUACAUGUACAGCUCGUAACGCAUUUGGUUCUGAAGAAGUGACGUACCGCAUAGAGUGCGCUACACCACCAUCUGCUCCUACUCUCACUUUGGACCACGCGACACAUAAAGAAGCGCGACUAACAUGGCGGACUACACAUCACCCGGCCGCGCCGCCUCACGGCUUCACAAUCUGGUGGGUUCGGGUCCGUGAUGAUUCCGGAGAAGGCAUUGAGCCGGCAAGUACGCGAGGAGAAGAGGAACGGAGGUUAGAAGCUGGUGGAGAGGCAGUGAGUGUUAUGCUGAGAGCUCUGUCCUGUGGCGUAACAUACUCUGUAAGAGCUGUGGCCCACUCCCGAGCUGGAUCUUCUCCGCCUUCUCAGCCAUUGUUGGUCAGGACAAAACCUCCUGUGCUAGUAUGGGAAGGUGGAGGGGAAGUAGACGAAAAUGAAGAAGGCGCUGAAGCGGCUGUAUGGAGUAACAGCAGUGCUCUGGCAGUUGAUGCUCGGCGAGCGGUUCGGUGCGGAGCUCGGCUGGUCAGGUUGCAAUGGAGAAGAGUAGAUGCUGGAGGCUCAGGGGUCUGGAGAGACGCUGAUCUCACUUCGUUGCAUCAUCAUCGAGAGGUGGUGAUCGGAGGUUUGACUGCUGGCGCGUGGUACGGCCUCCGCUUGUGGACUGCCACGGAAUCAGCUCGACAUCAAGCUGUUCUAUACGCAGCCACCACAACACACUCUGGAGAGCGUCUCCGGCGACCGGUUGCUUUUCAAUCCGGCGAAGGUGGUCCAGUGAUCACGAGUGGGACCAACGCGGACGCCGACCGCGUUCUGGGAGCAGUGUCGGUGGCGUUCGCUGCACUCGCUGCGAUAGCAGUCACAGCGCUGAUACUAGUCUUACUGGCUAAGCGAAGCAUGCUGUUUCCAUGUGGUACUCAACAAGAUGAGGAGACCCGUCGUUGUAGCCACUCCGUCGCCAGCACGGACAAGUCCGUGUGUCCCGAGCAACAGAACAUACGGAAUUGUCAGCAUGAUUACAAACAUGAUAAACUGUCGCCGGCUUCUGACGUGUACGAGAUAAGUCCGUACGCGACGUUCGCGGUGGGCGGCGAGACGGCCGCGACCCUCGACCACACGUUGCAGUUCCGCACAUUUGGCCACCGCGACAACGACGCACCGCCGCACCGGCCCUGCAGGAAGCAUCCGCAGCGACACCGCGACAGGGACGUGGAAAAGCACCAUUCCGACUGCGAGCUGCAGCAGCUCAGCCGGUACGAGAAGGUGCGGCCGCGCCACUGCGCAGGAACCUCCUACUGCGUGCCGCUGUCCCACCACGGUGGCGGUGGCGGUAGCGGCGGCGGAGGCGGCAGCGGAGGCGGUUUCUCCGAAGUGUAUGCGGGCGAUUCUAGCGUAGAGUCCGGCCCUGGAUCAUUAUCACCGCGGACGCACCACGAGCAUAGCUAGCGGCGCAUCCAAAUACGAAAACCGACCAUAUCCGAUAAAUAACAAGUCUCAUUAUUAACUGCAUCCAAUUAGUAUUAUAAAUAGGAGAGGAAAGGAGAUAUAAAGAACUUUCCAGUCCGAGCGUUUCGAGUGAAAUAUUUGUUGAUUCGUUUUUUUUUUUUUUAUAAUGAAUUAAACUUUUAAAUAUUAUUUAUUUUAUAAUUGAUUUAUGUUCUUUACACAUAACAAAUAUCCUAUCAUAUCCAUAUUAUCACAAUUAUAUUAUUACUUUUAAUAAUUGCGUUGACCUUCGUACAAUGCUUGUGUGUAAAAAAGUUUGUUUUAAUUGAAACGACAUAGUUAAAAGAAAAUACAGCGGGGGCAUACGAUUUCAUAAUCAAAAUAGGUUCGUUGAAAUGUUUUUACCAGAACUCAAAACCAAAAUUAUUGCUAAUAGUACUUAGCGUCCUAAAAACUGAAAAAUAGGAUUUUUUGUUAAAAAACAAGGAAUCAAAUGUAAUCAGCGUUAUAGUAUUACAAAUUAGGAGUGAAUACAGCAAUAUCUAUGUUGAAGUUAAAAUAUCUAUAUAUUGCCUAAUACAAGAUAUGUUAUAUAUCAGUGUUGUCCAAUAUAUAAUAUUAAAUUAAAACACCUGAUUGUAACGAAUGGAGAUAUCAGACUGGUAUAGAUGAUAUUAAAAUGGGUGAUAACCUUUUUUUUGCUAUUAAUUUAAAAAAAAAAACAAUGUACAGAUAUCGGAGCGGUAUAGAUAUUAUCCAUGCCUAUACAAAUAUCUAAUUAGUGUCACGUUUAUGAUAACUUCAAAUUAAGAAUACAACAGUAUAAUAGAUACACAUAAUAGAUUCUAGAAAAUUGGCCAACUAUAUUGCUAGACAGCAAAUAACGGCAAAUAUCAAAUUUACAAUAGUCUGUUUUGAUAAAACAUAAUGAAAAUUUAAACAAAGAAGUAAUUGAUCUGUCCGUUUAUAUUUUAUUGCAUCUAUAUAUUAAAAUCAUAAUUAAAGAUUGCGUCCCACAAACACCGAUUUCAAAGUGACACAAUCAGUUAUUUUGUUUUAAAAACUAAACUACUCAAUCGAUUUAGAUAAAAUUUCUAAGAAACAAAUUUGUAAGUAUGUCCUAUGAAAUAAAAGAAGAAUUUUCCAAAUUGGUUUGGAAUUGACGGAGUUAUAUGGUAACAAAUAUAAACAAAUACAACCGAAAUCAGAACCUUUUUGGAAAUAAUAAACACAAUAAACUUUUAGAUUUAAUUUAGAUAAAAAAAAAAUUAAUUGAUAAAAUGUUUUGCUUUGUUACUAUUUUCAUUUAGCGUUUCCGUGACAAUUUCAACAAAAUUUGAUUUAUAACAUUUCAUUAAAUUUUAAUAAAACAAACUAUAUAUACGAACUUUUACAGUAAAUAAUUAGACACUUCCGAUUGUUAGUCGAAUAAUUCAAAAUACAGUAAGCUUUUUAUAUCUCUACAGUCAAAACAUAACAUUUAUAAUCACUACUGACAUAAAGUUUUAUAGAAAAUCAGUUAAAUCAAUGAAUUAAUUAAAAUAAGGUUUAAUACUAGGUAAAUACUCAAAGAACUGCCAUAUAAUGUUAUUUAAACAUACUCGUUCGUACUUGAAACAAAAUAGAUAGGAUAAAAUGUAACUAAACAAAUUGAAUAGAAUACCUAGUUGCUUGUCUUUUUAUUACGCGAUUCCUCAGAUAGUAAACAUCUUUAUACAGAACGUUAUUUGUAUUACAUCUUACUGUUUAAUAUAACAAGAAUUCUGAUUAUUUAUACAAAGAAAACUCUCUAUUUAGUAUUUUCUAUUUAUGCAACUUAGAAUGGCAAACAAGCUGACGGCCCACCUGAUGGAAAGUUGAAACCGUUACCUAUAGACAUGAACAGUAUCAUGGACAUAACAGAGUAUACUGUUUCGGCCAUGAUACCCCUCAUGCUUGCCUCUAAGUAUAUCUUUGUACCCUGUAAUUUCAUUACCAUGUUCCACCUUAUUUUUUUUUAUUUUAUCUUUUCAAAUUAAGUUAUUAAAUAUAUAAGUACAACUUGAUGUCGGAUCAUCAUCAUCAUCAUAUCAGCCAUUAACUGUCCUACUGAACAUAGACCUCCCCCUAUUGGGAGGUUUUGCCAGUAGUUGCCACCGCUUGUUACAGACUAUAAAAUGACUGUUUACAUCGAACAAGUUUAUUUUAUUAAGAGUAUCGAUAAUUCAUAGUAACUACGUCUACAUUAUGACGAUCUUGGUGAUUUAGCAAUAUAAUACACUGCCCUUUUUUUAAUGAUCGCAGGUUCGAUGCCUGUUCAAUAGACGUAGGUACAGUCGACAUCAAAAGUCGAUAGAUUUUCUAAACUCAGUAAACUGUGAAUUCAUUCAUAUCACCUUAUAUAUAUCGUAUAAGGUUAUAAUUAGUUAAAUAUAUACAAUUGUAUUAAGUUUGCUACAAAAUAUAGGGGUUUAAUCUAUUCUAAUUGAUUCUUAAUGUAUUCAUCGACUUUUGGUGCUGACCAUACAUGUACUUAAAAAUAAAAAUAAUCCAUAUUUGUAGUAGGUACGAAUUACAUAAAUAUUUGUAUUUAAAAUCAUAUAAUUUCUAAUUUCGCUUCGAGAUUUGUAAAAAUAUUAGAGAAUGUGUUAAUUUUUCUUUAAUUACAAAAUAACAAUAAUAAUUUUUGUGUGUCCUAGUCAUUUUCGUUUGUUUUUUUUUUUUGUAUUAUUUUCUCUUAUUAAUUAAUUUACAUAAUUUAAUAAACGGAUUGGAAUGGUGUUAUUAAUUUACGCUGAUGGGGUACAAGUGAUGGAUAGAUUGGUGAAGAUAACAGUAGGUCAGUUGAUCCAUCAUGAGGAAUUCACCAGCAGUUAAUCACGAUGGUUUCCAAGAGACCCCGCGUGCAGGUAGACCUGACAUAAUAUCACUAACAAUUGUGCUACUAAUUCUCAUUACUAACAAUUAAUUCCCCCCCCCUUCCCACUAGUUUAGUUUGUUCCAUUUUUUUUCCAACUUACUGCACUUUCUCUCCCUCUACCUAUGUUUUUAUAAAUAAAAUAAUAUACUAGGUAGAUAGCCAACUUCGUGUCAAAGUUAUUAUAUAAAGAUGUAAAUAAAUAAUCUAGUCAGACUGAUAUUUAAUAUCUAUUUUAAUUCGGAGCUUACAUGUGUAAAUAGGUUUUGUAGAUACCAUCAAAACUAGUCAAUUUUUAUUGAAUGUUUUAUGACAAUAUGAUUGUAUUUUGUAAAUAAUACGAAAAUAAGUAUCUAUGUGAGAAUCUGGUUAAUAUAAAAUAAAUUAAAUAUAUUUAACGCAAACAGUUGGUUUUAUUUGGGCACAAGUAAAAGCUUAGGUAACGCGAGGAUUAUUUUAUUAUAUAUAAUUUUCUACAACACAGGGGGCAAACGAGCAUGCAGUUUACCUGAUGGUAAGUGACUGCCAUUGCAGGUGUGUUGUCGGAAAU